AUGAACCGAAGGCUGAAUAUUGAUAUACCCGAGAACAAUACAUUUUUGUUACUGCGAGAUAUAUUAACAGCUAUGGAUCAUUUGAUUGGAAUGAAAUUUGGAAUGGGUACACUUGACGAUAUGAAUCAUUUGAAAAAUAAACAUCAAACCAAUCCAUUGACCCAAAUAGUUCAUGGAAGGAAAUUGAGUUCUUUGGGUCCUGGAGGAUUGACGGGGCGAACUACUAGUUUUCGGAUACGGGAUAUCCAUCCUAGUCACUAUGGACGCAUUUGUCCAAUUGACACCUCUGAAGGAAUCAAUGUCGGACUUAUUGGAUCCUUGGUUCAUCUUCGAAGUAUUUUUCCCUUCCAAUAUUUUUCUAUUGGAGCUUCCCUCAUUCCUUUUAUCGAGCAUAAUGAUGCGAAUAAAGCUUUAAUGAGUUCUAAUAUGCAACGUCAAGCAGUUCCUCUUUCUCGGUCCGAAAAGUGCAUUGUUGGAACUGGAUUGGAAUGCCAAGUGGCCUUAGAUUCGGGAGUUCCCGCUAUAGCCGAACACGAGGGAAAGAUCGUUUAUAAUGAUACUGAGAAGAUUAUUUUAUUUGGAAGUGGGAAUGGUCUAAGUAUUCCAUUAAUUAUAUAUCAAUGUUCCAACAAAAAUACUUGCAUGCAUAAAAAAUCCCAGGUUCAGAAGGGUAAAUGCAUAAAAAUGGGACAAAUUUUAGUGGAUGGUGCUGCUACAGUUGGUGGUGAACUCGCUUUGUGA